GCAUGCGCAGUGUGCCGGGGCUGCUAGGCGCUGAAGGGGAGAGGCGCCGCCAGCGCCGCCGGGGGACCCGUUAGAGCGGAAGCGCAGCCGCCGCCUCUGCCGUCGCGGGGUUCCCGGCAGGUGAAGCGGGAGCCAUGUCGAAGCGGCUCCGGAGCAGCGACGUGUGCGCCGACUGCAGCGGGCCGGAUCCUUCCUGGGCAUCAGUAAAUAGGGGAACUUUUAUAUGUGACGAGUGUUGCAGUGUUCAUCGGAGUCUAGGGCGCCAUAUCUCCCAAGUAAGGCAUCUUAAACACACACCAUGGCCUCCAACACUGCUUCAGAUGGUCGAGAGCUUGUGUAACAACGGUGCUAAUUCUAUAUGGGAGCACUCUCUGCUGGACCCCGCAUCGAUUAUGAGUGGAAGGCGGAAAGCUAACCCGCAGGAUAAAGUGCACCCCAAUAAAGCAGAGUUCAUCAGAGCCAAGUACCAGAUGUUAGCAUUUGUCCACCGAUUGCCCUGCCGUGACGACGACAGUGUGACUGCCAAAGACCUUAGUAAGCAACUCCACUCAAGUGUGAGAACAGGGAACUUGGAGACCUGUCUGAGACUGCUGUCUCUUGGAGCCCAAGCCAACUUCUUCCAUCCUGAGAAAGGAAGCACUCCACUCCAUGUCGCCUCCAAAGCAGGACAGAUUUUACAGGCUGAAUUGUUGGCAGUAUAUGGAGCUGACCCAGGCACGCAGGACGCUAGUGGGAAGACCCCUGUUGACUAUGCAAGGCAAGGAGGGCACCAUGAGCUGGCGGAGCGCCUUGUGGAGAUACAGUACGAGCUGACUGACAGACUGGCCUUCUACCUCUGCGGCAGGAAACCAGAUCACAAAAAUGGACAGCACUUUAUAAUCCCUCAAAUGGCAGACAGACGGCUCAGCCUGGAUGUGUCUGAGUUAGCAAAAGCUGCCAAGAAGAAGCUUCAGUCUCUAAGUAACCAUCUGUUUGAAGAACUCGCCAUGGAUGUGUACGAUGAAGUUGACAGGCGAGAGACUGAUGCAGUCUGGCUUGCCACGCAAAACCACAGCACCCUGGUAACCGAGACAACCGUCGUCCCCUUUCUUCCGGUCAAUCCAGAGUACUCCUCAACACGAAACCAGGGCAGACAGAAAUUAGCUCGGUUUAAUGCCCAUGAAUUUGCUACGCUGGUCAUCGACAUCCUCAGUGACGCCAAGAGGAGACAGCAAGGCAGUCCUCUGUCCAGGUCAAAAGAUAAUGUGGAACUCAUACUGAGAACAGUCAGUAGCCAGCACAGCACUGAGAGCCAGGACAAUGACCAGCCAGACUAUGACAGUGUGGCCUCAGACGAAGACACAGACGUGGAGACCAGAGCAAGCAAGGCAAACCGGCAGAAGAGCCUAGAUUCAGAUUUGUCAGAUGGACCAGUCACUGUGCAGGACUUUAUGGAGGUCAGAAGCGCCCUAGUGGCUUCUGAGGCCAAGAUACAGCAGCUAAUGAAGGUGAAUAACAACUUGAGUGACGAGCUGAGAAUUAUGCAGAAAAAGCUUCAGACACUCCAGAGUGAGAAUUCAAGCCUCAGGAAGCAGGCCACAGCCAGUGCCUGUCCGGUGCAGACUGGCCCUGACUACCCAGACCCUUCCAGCCACUCGUCCUUAAAGCGCCGGCCGUCGGCCCGGGGCAGUAGGCCCAUGUCCAUGUAUGAGACUGGAUCAGGUCAGAAACCAUACCUCCCCCUGGGGGAAGCGAACCGCCCUGAGGAGAGCAGGACGAGACUUCAGCCCUUCCCUGCUCAUAUCGGGAGGAGUGCACUUGUGACCUCCUCUUCGUCUCUGCCUUCCUUCCCCUCCACACUUUCCUGGUCCAGGGACGAAAGCGCCCGAAGGGCGUCCAGGCUGGAGAAGCAGAAGAGCACGCCAGAGAGUGACUAUGACAACACCCCCUGUGACACGGAGCCGGAUGACACGGUGUCAAACCGGAAAGGACGGCAGAGGAGUAUGGUGUGGCCAGGUGACAGCUCAUUGCCAGACACAGCAGAGCCCCACUUGGUCCCCAGCCCCACGCUCCCCAGCACAGAAGAUGUCAUCCGGAAGACUGAACAGAUCACCAAAAACAUCCAGGAGCUCCUAAGAGCAGCCCAGGAGAACAAACACGACAGUUAUAUUCCCUGCUCAGAGAGAAUACAUGUCGCUGUUACUGAGAUGGCAGCCUUGUUCCCCAAAAAACCCAAGUCUGACACGGUGAGGACUUCCCUCCGGUUACUGACGUCCAGUGCCUACCGGCUCCAGUCAGAGUGCAGAAAGGCCCUCCCAGGAGACGCGAGCUCACCCACAGAUGUGCAGUUGGUCACACAGCAGGUCAUCCAGUGUGCCUAUGACAUCGCCAAGGCUGCCAAACAGCUGGUCACAAUCACCACCAAAGAGAACAACAAUUGAGCUGUGAGGCGCCGCCCUGUUUUCUAGGCUUCCGGAAGUCCCGCUUCCGUGUAGACUCUUCAGAUUUUUACAAAAACGUUAAUGAUGAUUUGAAACUUUAAAAAAAAAAAACAAAAAAAAACCAGUAUUAUUUUUGCAUGUUUUCUAACAGACUUUUGACUGUAACUUAACCGUUGCCUUAUCUGUGCCUGUUUGCAGCUUCGUUCCUAUUGUAUUGUCCCAGGUGCUUAGACCCUGGUCAGAUGUGUUUCAGGUCUCUGUUCAGAGCUUGCUAAAACUUUUCCAUCCUUUAAAACUCUCUACCCAUGGCUAAAACUAUAACUGAUAUUUUUAGUAAAACAUUUUCUUAAGAGAGUUGGAUUUUUAAAAAAUGACUUCUCUGUUCCUUCCAAGCAUCGUGCAAUAAGUAGAUUGUCCAUCCUGCCGUAGAUUCUCAGAGCUUGGGGUAUCUCUAGGCGUGUGUGGAGAGCAGGGUCCUUGCCUCUUCUAAAGAGAGUGCAUCUCUUGGGAGAGACAAGGAAAUGACCCAUAUCUAACCUUUGUAUCAUGUUAAGUGUGUGUUAUUUAAUAUUUUAUCUUGAUUUUUUAUCUAUAAAGAUUUUACCAUCA